GUUCAAGCAAUGCAGUAGUGGAUAGAUCUGGUACACCGGACAGUUUAUCAAGUAUUGGUUCUUCUUCUAGUAAUUUAUACAGACAACAGCAACAACAGCAACAACCUACCCCUGUACAAACACCUUCUCACUCCCAGGCACAACCCCCUCAACCUUCACAACCCCAACAACAACAAACUUACCAACAACCUGGUUAUGGUCAACAAACACCAACACAAACAGCAGCUUAUUCUGCUCAAGGUCAAAAUAAUUAUGCUGGAGCAAGCCAACAGCAACAGACACCUGCUCAGCAAACUCCUUAUAACCAAACUCAAGGAUAUCAGUAUCCACCAGCACAGCAACAAGGAUACAACCCUGGACAACCUAAUCAACCAUCACAGACUGGACAGCCUCAACAAGGGUAUCAACAACAACCUUAUGGAUUUCAACAAGGUGGUCAACCAUCUCAACAAACAACACAAGGUUAUCCUCCCAACUACCAAGGACAAAAGGUGCCAGGAUAUGGACAGCAACAACAACCGCAACAACAACCAGGAGUGCCUGGUACACCUCCUACACAAGCUGCUGGUGGUAAUCCUUACGCUAGAGGACAGGGUACUGCUGGUUAUGGUGGUGGUUAUCCAAGACCAUCAGGGGGUUACUCACAAGGAUAUCAAUAA